GCCGGUCUCAGUAGCUGUGUCACGGUGGACGGCACAACCGUCUCUCAUCCUUGGAUACCGACUUACAGGGGCGGUAUGCGAGGCGGCUAGCCGUGAUGUCCCUGUGUCAGCUGCAGGCUCAUCAUGAGCAACACCUUGGACAACGACGAGUCAGAGGAGCAAUACCCGAUCGAGCAGACGAUCUGCGGCACUCUGCAGCGCGAGAACAACUGGAAGUGCUUUAUUCUGACCUCGCUCAUCUUCGGUUGUCUCGGUGCUGUCACCUGGUGUCGCCUCACUCAAGUUACCAAGGUGGUGAUAAAUCUGUCACUGUACCCGAUCAAGCGAGACAGACAGAUGUCGCCGUGCGACGAGGGAUACAUCUACAUCCCCAUCGCCUUCAUGUGCAUGUUGUACCUACUCUACCUGGUGGAGUGUUGGCAUUGCACGGCCCGCGUAGAACUGGGCUGUCUUGUAGACGUCACCUCCGUGCUCGACCGUGUUCAGCAGAUGAGAGACGCACUUCCAAUCCUCUGGUGGAAGGCAGUCUGCUACCACUACGUGCGUCGUAAGCGGCAAGUGACGCGGUAUCGUAACGGUGACGCCUACACUUCCACGCAAGUCUACUACGAGCGAGUCAACUCACACGCGGCCGGCACUUCGUUUGUUUUUGCUUACUGUGGGGUCAGAGACAUUUCUCGCAAACUGAUCUUAAAUGAGGCAAACGGUCAGAUCACCAAAAUACGCUUCAGUAAAGGCUUUGCUUUUGCCAAUGUGGAGGCAGCAGCUGAAUUUGAAGAGCAGCGAACACGUUUCUUUUCCGAGCAUGAGCGUUAUGACGACUACAUGGAGAUGCGAGAGGGACUGGACCUCACCAACAUUGCUGGGUUUAAAGAGAACGUGAUCGCACUGGCUGAUCCUGAUAAGAUGCCCUGGUACGCGAGCAGGGUCGUGUUCUGGGUCUGCUCCUUUUGUCUACUCUCUUGGCCGCUGCGUCUCAUACUUGAGUACAACACUGCCUACGUUCACUACCAGGUAACCAAACUGUUUGGGGUGAACUAUGAAACAACUUCCAGUAAUGUAGCAACACCAACAGCAGUGGUUUCCCUUCCUCAGCGUUCUUCCACCCACAUCAGCCUGACAAGGUCACAGGGAGCCAGUACGGUGGACAGUGGUGAACUGGAGUGGUGCAUCCGGGAAAACACCGCUUUAGUCCCCAGUUACUCCGAGGCCUUAUUGCUCAACGAGCAUACUCAAACACAACCUCUUCCUGUCACAACUUCCUCUUACAGCAUCCGUGCAAACAACAACAAUAACAUCACAAACAGUGACCAGCGCCGUGGCAGCAACCGCCGUUCCUGGGGUAGUAUACUCAACUUCAACCGUAGCACUUCCCAAGACAAUGUGUCACAAUCUUCCAUGCAGAACAGAGUAGUAUUAUAUUAUCCCAGUCCUCUAGCCGAGGGCUGCCCGGCAGAUCCUUUCAGAGGACGUGAAGCCACGACUCCCACAGAGGAGGCACCACCGCCUUACGAAGAAGCCCUAAGAUUCCCUGUCCUCAGUCGCUUACGAAGAUCAUUAACAGAUAGGGGUGAGAUUUGUCGAAGGUCCUUUUUUUCUCAGAGACGAUCGUGUUACGGAGAACCUUCCCCCAUCUCAGUGCACAAUGAGAUACGCAUCACUCCGCCUCCAGCGAGUCGAGGACGUACACUCAUAACUAUGGAAACCAGCUUAUAGCACAACUUUUCUUACAGUAUUUUGCUGCUGUAGACGAAUGAGCCUUCAAUCGCAACAAGUGCUUCAAUGCUGUAUAGCACACUUCAGCUAGCUUGUAAGAAUAAACAGUGUUUUAGUUAUGUAGAUAUUUUCAACAUCUCAAAUCAACUCCAUAUAGGCCUUUAAUAGAGUCAAGGUUUUCAUUAAUAAGCUACUUUCUUUUUAUUAUUUUUUACAGCCUCCCUUUUCUUCUGUCCCAUAUUUGUAGACUUAAAAGUAACACAAUCAAAAUCAUACAAAACAUUUCUUAUAAAGUUAAAAAUGUUAAUAACUAUCUCAACCCCAAAUGAACCAUAUAUAGUAAUACUUAGUCAAUCGAAAUUUUGUUAAAAUGUUAAAAUAUGGCAUUCAACUGUGAAGUUUUCUAAACUAUUAUUUAAACAACUAUGAUCACUAUACUUAGUGUGUAAGAUUCAAAGAACUAUUUGAAAUGUUGACAACAUGCUAAAGAAAAGCUUAUAUUUUAUUAUUGUAAGGAACAACGGAAUUCAUUGUUUAAUGCUUUAUGAUUGUUCAAUAAUUUAUUGUAUACAGUUAAUUUCUAUUUUUUUAAUUUUGUAGCUGUAAUCAAAAAUUGACAUAAACAGCAUUACAUUGAGAAUAAGUUUAAUACCUCUUAUAUAAACUAUACAAAUGUUAGCUUAGGAUGUACUUCAUGGUGAUGUUUCUUAAACUCAUAUGUUCAGUUUCAAUUUCGGUUUCAGAACAAGGAGGCCUAAGAGUCUACAUCAAAAACAAAAAAGCCUCCUGUAAUUAUCAAAGAAUGUGAUGCUAUUUUUGUCUUAAGGGAGUUGCUGUCCUAAAAGGCUGUGACUCUGAGAUUGCAAAAAACUAAACAAAUUAAAAAUAACCUAUGCACCAUCUUAAGUGUUUCUAGCUUAAGUAGUUUCUAUAAAAUGGGAAUUGAAGAUGCAAAUAAAAGUUAUCUGUUAAAACUUCAAGUUUUAAAAGCAUUAAUACUACUUAUUUAUACAUGUGCCAUUGAUUGUGUUUUAUCAAAAUAGCAGUUAUGAGAUGUUGGUAAAUACUUACUUAAAAAUCAUAUUUUGUUUUGUAAGUGGGACUCAAGAGAACAGAAAAUUGUUUUCACAUAAUAUUUGCUCAUUUUUUCGCCAUAGAUGGUGUAAGUGAGGCAUUCAAAAUCACAAAAUAGGUUUCAGUAUUUCUACCCUAGUUCCACCCCUAGGCAACAAAUUAAACAAAAUGCCUUCAAUGUAUUCUGUAAAUGUAACACUGCAACUUCAUAAAUCGUUUAAGUAGUUUUGGAUUUAUUUUAUUUUAUUUUUAUAAGAAAAUAAUCACUUUUCAUUAUGCCAGUUCAU